AUGAGUGCCCAAACCCAACAUGCCAAAGCUCGGCAGGAGAUGCAGGCCGUAAUGGCCCAAUAUAAGGGCGACAAAUACGUCGAGGGCUGGGCUUCACUCUGGGACAAAGGUGACAACUUGCCCUGGGAUGAGGGAUUUCCCAACCCAGCAUUGGAGGACACGUUGGCCCAGCAAACCGGCACCAUUGGCAGCGCCAUCGGGAAGGAUGCACAGGGCCAAUCUUACAGGCGUAAAGCCUUAGUUCCUGGAUGUGGUAGAGGUGUCGAUGUGCUCCUACUGGCUAGCUUUGGAUUUGAUACAUAUGGCGUGGAAUAUAGCUCUGCUGCUGUCGAAGCUUGCAAGAAAGAGGAGACAGAGAAUCGCAGCUGGUACCGUGUGCGAGACCAGAAUACUGGCCGGGGAAAGGUCACUUUUGUACAGGGUGACUUCUUCGAUGAUGCGUGGCUUGAGACCAUUGGAGUGCCACGGAAUGGAUUCGAUCUGGUCUAUGACUAUACUUUCUUUUGUGCCUUGGACUCAUCGCUUCGUCCCAAGUGGGCAUUGCGCCACACCCAGCUUCUAGCUCCAUCUCCCAGAGGUAACUUGAUCUGCCUUGAGUUUCCCCGUCUCAAGGACCCCAAAGAAAAUGGACCCCCAUGGGCCUCACCCUCGGAGGCCUACGUGGAACACCUGAGCCACCCGGGUGAAGAGAUCCCAUAUGUCAAUGGUGUCGUCAAGCAGGAUCCGCUGCGCGCACCAAGUCAAUCCGGCCUUGAAAGAGUCGCCUACUGGCAGCCAGAGCGGACCCAUGUCAAAGCCCAGGGUGAGAAUGGCAUCAUCAAUGACAGAGUUUCUAUUUGGCGUCGACGUAACUAG